AUGAGCAAGUGGAUUCAAUUUCCACAAACAGUACAAGAAAGAUCAUUAAUCAAAGAAGAAUUUCAAAGGAAGUAUAAUUUGCCUGGAGUAAUAGGAUGCAUCGACUGCACCCAUAUUGCUAUAGUAAAACCAGCUGAAGAAGAGCAUGCUUUCUAUAACAGAAAAGGAUAUCAUUCCUUAAACGUUCAAAUGGUAUGUGAUCAUAAUUUAAAAAUAAUGAACAUAAAUGCUAAGUUUGGUGGAGCAACACAUGAUUCUCACAUAUGGUCAUCGAGUCUCGUAGAACCCUAUAUGCGUCACCUUCAUGAAAGUGGUGAACAUGUUUGGUUACUUCGGGAUUCUGGUUAUCCACAACGCCCUUGGCUUAUGACUCCAAUAUUAAAUGCUCCACAUGGGUCUCGAGAGGAAUUGUACACCACUCGUCAUGUACAAGCCAGGACAUGUAUUGAAUUACUUAAAACACGUUGGGGGUGUUUGCUUCGUGACAGGGUCCUUCAUUAUCAUCCCAACGUUGCCAGCAAAAUAACACUUGCAUGUUGUGUGCUACACAACAUCUCGCUUCAUGCACACUUGCCAGCUCCAAGUGAUAUCCCUGUUACUACUGUAGAUGAUAAUGAUGACUCCAGUACACAAACCACCCAAAGCACCACCACGGAGAAUCGAAAUGAAUUAAUCCGAGGCAGGGCAAUGCUCAAUUAUUUAAUAAGUAGAUUGUAG